GCGUCCUUCCGUGUGGGGCGUGGACGCGUCCUGCCAUGAGCGCGCAGUGCGCGGACAGCAGGCGCAACAGAGAGGACUCUGCGCCUGUCCGACUCAAAAAAUUAAACUAAAUUUAAAAAAUGGGUAUAGAAAAGGAAAAAUUGGAGACCAGUGUUAUUAUGGAUGAGGACGAAUUCAAUAAAUCGAUUGAACCCAUUGGAAAGAAAACGAAUACGUACACACCGGCACCGGAGAGGGACCCUAACAAUAUUAACACAUACCUAAAGGUUGGCUUUGAAGACGUCAUUGCUGAGCCUAUCUCCACGCACAGUUUUGACAGAGUCUGGAUUGGCAGUCAUGCCGUGUUCGAGCUGAUAAAAUAUGUCUUCUACCGGAUCCUCACAACGUUUCUGGCUGUUCCAAUGGCAUUUGUUUUUGGGAUUGUUUUUGGGAUUCUCAGCUGUAUACAUAUUUGGGUGGUGAUGCCUGUGGUCCAGGGUUGCAUGAUGACUUUGCCCCCCAUCCAGGUGAUCUGGACCAGCUUGAUGGACAUAUUUAUAGGGCCUCUUUUCUUCAGCAUUGGAAGAUGCUUGCUGUCAAUCAAUGUCAACAUUGUGCAAAACUGAGACGUCUUUGGUGAAUGUAAGCACACUCUACACUGAAGUGUUGUAUGGUAACAGCAAAUUACCAUUCAGCUUGAAAGCCGGAGCUGGGUUAUGCAAAAGUUGUAAUCUAUCACACCUGAUACCACUCUAUGUGACUAUCCAUCUCACUAUUAGGUCUGUGUGUGUGUGUGUGUGUGUGUGUGUGUGUGUGUGUGUGUGUGUGUGUGUGUGUGUGUGUGUGUGUGUGUGUGUGUGUGUGUUUUUUCUUGGAUAAAGGCCUCCUUAUUAAGGGUUAUUACCACAAAGGAUUGUCUAUGCUUUACUUCUGAAACACAGAGAAGGGAAAUCAUUUUCUUAUAUUUCAUUACACAACUGCAAUAUUCAUUCCGUUGUUAAGCCACUGACAAAUAAACUCCUAAUGGGUGAUGUCAGUGUGAAUAUGCUUCCUGAGUACUGUUAUGUAAGUGUGAUUAAGCGUUUGUGUUAUACAUAAAGAGAUUUUUACCUUAAGAUUAAGAUAUUGUGCAAUUGCAAUAAGUGCAUGAUGUGCUAAAGAGUAGCAAUAAUAAAAAAUUAUGCAACUACUUUCAAUAGGGCUGUAGUGGUUCUAAGUUAAUAUUUAUAUUCUUAAGUGGACAGGUUUUAAUCAAAACAAGAUAAUGUUGUUGGGAUUUGUAUGAUAUUAGCAGGGCUACUCAGAUCUCACACAGAAUUUCAGUGUACAAACUAUGAUUUUCCAGGUACAUUCUGCACAAAUAUAACACAUUCUCUGUGUGUUCUUUUUAUAAUGAUUUUCAUAUAAACUGUUCAAAAUGGUGAUUAGUUUGCCUGCAAAGUUGCUUUUUACAUGCUGUUUGCCAUCAAUUGUGCUUUGUUAAUGGCUCCACCGAGUAAAUGGAAUAUUUGAGUGUGUAGUGGAACAUUAGAAGCUCAGGUGCCUUUUCCUUGCCCCCUGUUGAAUGAUGUCAUGUAGCAAACAUGCUGAACACAACUCAGCUUAUUAAAGACCCCAACUAAAUGGCUCUCAGUUCACCAAAUAAAAAAAAUAUUUUUUGUAACUUGAAGAUGUGUUUUCUCU